ACAAUUUCUAGGGCCACCUCCUUAAGUACUCUGGGAUGCAGACCAGCAGGACCUGGGGAUUUAUCUGCCUUCAGUCCCCAACAGUUUACCAAACACUAUCUGUUGUGCUACUUCAAGGUAGCACAAGCAGAGGAUUUGUGUCCGGGAAUCUGAAACUCAUUCAGUUCACCAGCACCUGAAUGUGUGAGAGGCAUUCACAGCAUGGAGAAAUUAUUCCCCAGCUCUGUGUGUGGGCAGGGAUUCACUGAACCUUCCCACCUGGUGCCCCACCAGCAGGUUCAUCCUGUGGAGAAACCAUUUGUCUGUCCCGAUUGUGGGAAGGGAUUCACUCAAACCUACAACCUGAAACGACACCGACAAACUCACACCGGUGAGAGGCCGUUCACCUGUUCUGAGUGUGGGAAGGGAUUCAUUGGAUCAUCUGAGCUACUGAGGCAUCAGCGAGUUCACACUGGGGAGAGGCCGUUCAUCUGCUCUCUGUGUGGACGGGGGUUCACUGAUACCUCCCAACUGGUGGCCCACCAACGAGUUCACACUAAGGAGAAACCAUUUGCCUGUCCUGAUUGUGGGAAGGGAUUCACUCAAACACGCUAUCUGAAGAGGCACCAGCAGAUUCAUACAGGGGCGAGGCCGUUCACCUGUUCUGAGUGUGGGAAGGGAUUCAUUCAAUCUUCAGAGCUGCUGAUACACCAGCAAAUUCAUACUGGGGAGAGGCCGUUCGUCUGUUCUGAGUGUGGGAAGGGAUUCAUUCAAUCAUCUGACCUCCUGACACACCAGCGACUUCACACUCAGGAGAGGCCGUUCAUCUGCUCUACCUGUGGAAAGGCAUUUACCAAGUUCUCCAGGAUGAAAACCCACGAGCGAGUUCACACUGGGGAGAGGCCAUUUACCUGCUCUGUGUGUGGGAAGGGAUUCACUCGGUCGUCCACCUUGAUGAAACACCAGCAAAUUCACACCGGGGAAAGGUCGUUCACCUGUCCCGAGUGUGGGAAGGGAUUCACUCAAGCACGCCAUCUGAAGAAGCACCAGCAAAUUCACACUGGGGAGAGGCCGUUCACCUGUUCUGAGUGUGGGAAGGGAUUUGUUCAAUCUUCGGAGCUAUUGACACACCAGCGGGUUCACACAGGGGAGAGGCCGUUCACCUGCUUUGUGUGUGGGAAGGGGUUCAUUGGAUCAUCUGACCUACUGAUACACCAGCGAGUUCACACUGGGGAGAGGCCGUUCACCUGCUCUACUUGUGGGAAGGGAUUUACCAAGGUCUCCAACAUGAAAACCCACCAGCGAGUUCACACUGGGGAGAGGCCAUUUACCUGCUCUGAGUGUGGGAAAGGAUUCACUCGGUCGACCAUCUUGAUGAAACACCAGCUAAUUCACACCGGGGAAAGGUCGUUCACCUGUUCUGAAUGUGGGAAGGGAUUCACUCAAGCAUGCCAUCUGAAGAGGCACCAGCUAAUUCACACUGGGGAGAGGCCGUUCACCUGUUCUGAGUGUGGGAAGGGAUUCAUUCAAUCUUCGGAGCUACUGGUACAUCUGCGGGUUCACACGGGGGAGAGGCCGUUUACCUGCUCUGUGUGUGGGAAGGGAUUCAUUGGAUCAUUUGACCUACUGACACACCAGCGAGUUCAUACUGGGGAGAGGCCGUUCACCUGCUCUACUUGUGGGAAGGGAUUUACCAAGUUCUCCAGCAUGAAAACCCACCAGCUAGUUCACACUGGGGAGAGGCCAUUUACCUGCUCUGAGUGUGGGAAGGGAUUCACUCGGUCGAGCAUCUUGAUAAAACACCAGCUAAUUCACACCGGGGAAAGGUCGUUCACCUGUUCCGAGUGUGGGAAGGGAUUCAUUCAUUCGUCUACAUUACUCAGACACCAGAGGGUUCACACUGGGGAGAGGCCGUUCAUCUGCACUGGGUGUGGGAAAGGAUUCACACGAUUUUCCCACCUGAUGACCCAUCAGCGAGUUCACACCGUGGAGAAACCAUUUGCCUCUCCCAGUUCACAUUCACACUGAGGGGAAAAUUCUAAUAAGUUUUUGGUUCGAUGUUUAACCAUCACUGUCGUUGAAUCCAGUUGCAAGCCCACAAGUGACUACUGGUGUUGGACUCUGCGGUUACUGCUAAUGUUCAUCACACCCAAGACAAAGUUUGUUCUGCUGUUAUUUCUAAUUCUAUUACUGGGCUGUUAAAAACAAGGCUGGAGUUUAAUAUUCUAGCUUUGUGACUAAUAAAUGUAUUCUGCUGAAAA